UGUAAUUUAAUCCUGUUUUUAAUUUCCCCAUAUUUGACAUCAAACUCAGGAGCCACAUCCCGAAACCUCCAAACCCAUUUCUUAUCCGCUGCUUCUCUUGAUCUGUUUGAUCUCAGACAAAACUCUGCCUCCAUCAAAUGCGUAUGUUCUUUUACAGCUAAGUGUGUUCCUAAGAUGACACACAUUGAAGAAGGACUCAACCCAUUUAACCCAGAUUCAAGGUACACGGCACCAGCACACCUCCAUAUUCUCUGAACUCGUAUACAAACUGUUUUUUUAUUGUCCCUAGAGAUACUUUUAGUUGAUUUAGCCCAUACCCAUUUGGAAUUUAUCUGAGAAUUUGGACACAUUAAUGGUGUCCGGGUUAUUGAGAUUUGGUUGUUAUAUGGUUGGAAGAAUUUUGAUUGAGGGAUUGGAGCAUAAGCAGAAACUGGAGUUGAGAUUGGGUCUUGUUAUUGAUCUAGAUUAUAUGAAUAUAUUAUUUUCAGGUUCAUUUGGAUAAUAAAUGUGAAAUUUUGUGUCCUAAUAUUGUUGUGUCUAGUGGUCUCUUAAAAAUGGUAAUGAGAUCCUGUUGGAGGAGAACGUUUGUGGAGGAUAAAGCCGAAGGGUGUGUUGAAGGGUUGUUGUGGUAUAAAGAUUUAGGGAACCAUGCUUACGGAGAAUUCUCAAUGGCAGUGAUUCAAGCAAAUAGUAUGCUCGAGGAUCAGAGCCAACUGGAAUCGGGGCAACUGAGUUCCAGUAGCUCUGGUCCUCAUGGGACUUUUUUAGGGAUAUAUGAUGGACAUGGUGGACCAGAGGCAGCUUCGUUCAUCAAUUACAAUCUCUUUUCCAAUCUUAAGGCAUUUGCAUUGGAGCGUAGAGAGAUGUCCAUCAAUGUAAUCAAGAAGGCGUUUUUGACGACAGAAGAGGAUUUUCUGGCUGUGGUGAAGAAACAAUGGCUUGUAAAACCAAAGAUGGCAUCAGUGGGAUCAUGUUGUCUGGUGGGAGUGUUAUGCAAUGGCCUGCUGUACAUUGCAAACGCAGGUGAUUCCAGAGUGGUUUUGGGGACAAUAGAAAAGGGGAAAACUGGGGUUUCAGCUAUACAAUUAUCCACAGAACACAAUGCAAAUUUAGAAUACGUAAGAAAAGAACUUAAGACACUACAUCCUGAUGAUCCCCAGAUCGUUGUCAUGAAACACUCAGUUUGGCGAGUGAAGGGCAUAAUACAGAUUUCAAAAUCCAUUGGAGAUGCAUACCUAAAGAAUGCAGAGUUCAAUAAAGAGCCACUGCUGCCCAAAUUCAGACUGCCAGAGCCCUUCGACAAGCCUAUCCUUAGUGCAGAGCCAUCAAUGUUAGAACAUAAGCUCCAACCAGAAGACCAGUUCCUCAUAUUUGCUUCAGAUGGCUUGUGGGAGCACCUUAGCAACCAAGAGGCUGUUAACAUCGUCCAGAGUUGUCCGCGCAAUGGGAUUGCAAGGAGACUUGUGAAAGCUGCACUUCAGGAAGCAGCAAAGAAAAGAGAAAUGAGAUUCUCAGACCUGCAGAAGGUCGAUCGAGGGGUGAGAAGACAUUUUCACGAUGAUAUAACUGUUAUUGUUGUGUUUCUUGAUACGCAUUUGAUCAAGAGGAGCUCUCUCAGAAUUUAUCCAGUUUCGAUCAAAGGAGGAAAAGGAAUCCCUCCCUCAGCUGCUAUCUCAUAGCCUACAAAUUCUGCUUCUCUUUUCUUAUAAAUGACAGAAGACUUUCUUUCCUUCCAUCUUUGGCAUUUGGGGUACCAUGUUUAAGGUAGAAGAUGUCUAAGGAACAUAUUUCCCUGCUCUUCCUUUGGUGACACCUGAAUCCCCCAGGAAUCUGACGCUGCUUGUGUCAAGAAUGGUCCAGAUGAGAUUAUACAAGUUCUAGUGGAUGUGAAUUCCACA